AUGUCGGGUUCCUACGACGAGUCGGCAUCGGCCGCCGAGGAAACAACCGACAGCUUCUGGGAGGUGGGGAACUACAAGCGCACGGUGAAGAGGAUCGAUGAUGGACACCGGCUCUGCAAUGACCUCAUGAACUGUGUGCACGAGCGGGCCAAGAUCGAGAAGUCCUACGCCCAGCAGCUCACCGACUGGUCCAAGAGGUGGAGGCAGCUCAUUGAGAAAGGUCCCCAGUAUGGCAGCCUGGAGAAGGCGUGGGCCGCAAUCAUGACGGAGGCAGACAAGGUGAGCGAGCUGCACCAGGAGGUGAAGAACAGCCUCCUGAAUGACGACUUUGAGAAGGUCAAGAACUGGCAGAAAGACGCUUACCACAAGCAGAUCAUGGGGGGCUUCAAAGAGGCCAAGGAGGCUGAGGAUGGCUUCCGGAAAGCCCAGAAGCCCUGGGCCAAGAAACUCAAGGAGCUGGAGACAGCCAAGAAAGCCUAUCACCUGGCAUGCAAGGAGGAGAAGCUGGCCAUGACCCGUGAAGCCAACAGCAAGGCAGAUCAGUCCAACACUCCUGAGCAGCAGAAGAAGCUCCAGGACAAAGUGGAAAAGUGCAAGCAAGAUGUGCAAAAGACUCAGGAGAAGUACGAGAAGGUGCUGGACGAGCUGAACAAGUGCACCCCGCAGUACAUCGAGAGCAUGGAGCAGGUCUUUGAGCAGUGCCAGCAGUUCGAGGAGAAGAGGCUCAACUUCCUUAAGGAAAUGCUCCUGGAUAUCAAGAGGCACCUGAACCUGGCUGAGAGCAGCAGCUACGCCAAUGUGUACCGGGAGCUGGAGCAGACCAUCCGCAUAUCGGACGCACAGGAGGACCUCCGGUGGUUCCGCAGCACCAGCGGCCCCGGGAUGCCCAUGAACUGGCCCCAGUUUGAGGAGUGGAACCCGGACCUGACGCACACGAUAACGCGGAAAGAGAAGCAGAAGAAGGGCGAGGGGGUGGCCCUGACCAACGCCAGUAGCGCGGGCGACACGGGGGCUCAGGCGGGCGAGCGCGGGAGGCACUGCCUUUGCCUGUGCAACCAUUUGGGGAUGCAGGAUGUCCUUGGUGACAUCCACCCCUUCCUGUCCUCCCCCUCCAGCGUGAGCAGCCACGACCGUGGGCAGACCUACAGCGCUGAGUGGUCCGAUGAUGAGGGCAGCAACUCCUUCAACACCAGCGAGGCCAACGGCGGCGCCAACCCCUUUGACGAGGACUUGGCAGGGAAGGGUGUGAGGGUGCGGGCUCUGUACGACUAUGACGGGCAGGAGCAGGAUGAGCUCAGCUUCAAAGCAGGUGAUGAACUAACCAAACUUGGUGAGGAAGACGAGCAAGGGUGGUGCAAAGGGCGCUUGGACAACGGGCAGCUGGGGCUGUACCCUGCCAACUACGUGGAGGCAAUCUAA